CCGCGCGUCCCGGGGGCCGGCCCCGCGAGCGCAGGAGUAAACACCGCCGGAGACUCGGAGCCGCUGCAGAAGGGAAUAAAGAGAGAUGCAGGGAUUUGUGAGGUUACGGCGCCCCAGCUGCAAGAUGCACUAGCCGGCUGAACCCGGGGAUCGGCUGACUUGGAACCGGAGUGCUGUGCACGCGAGUGUGGAUGAGUUGAAGUUGCUUUCCCGGGGCUCGCUUUCCACGCUGCCGGGAGGAAUCCGAGAGCCAAGCAAAUCACUUCGUCUUGCCAUUGAUUGGGCAUCGGGAGCUUUUUUUCCCCCCUCUCUUUCUUUUCCUCCGUCUUGUUGCAUGCAAGAAAAUUACAGUCCGCUGCUCGCCCGCCCUGGGUGCGAAAUAUUCAGCCUCGCUCUCUCCCGUCCAUUGUGCAACCCAAAGAUGAAAGACCGAAGGGGAGAAAGUUAAAGAAAUCGCCCACAUGCGCUGGAUCAGUCCACGGCUUGGGGAAAGGCAUCCAGAGAAGGUGGGAGCGGAGAGUUUGAAGUCUUUACAGGCGGGAAGAUGGCGGACUGGAGCUGAAAGUGUUGAUUGGGAAACUUGGGUGAUUCUUGUGUUUAUUUACAAUCCUCUUGACCCAGGCAGGACACAUGCAGGCCAAAAAACGCUAUUUCAUCCUGCUCUCAGCUGGCUCUUGUCUCGCCCUUUUGUUUUAUUUCGGAGGCUUGCAGUUUAGGGCAUCCAGGAGCCACAGCCGGAGAGGAGAGCACAGCGGUCGGAAUGGCUUGCACCACCCGAGUCCGGAUCAUUUCUGGCCCCGCUUCCCGGACGCUCUGCGCCCCUUCGUUCCUUGGGAUCAAUUGGAAAACGAGGAUUCCGCCGUGCACAUUUCCCCCCGGCAGAAGCGAGAUGCCAACUCGAGCAUCUACAAAGGCAAGAAGUGCCGCAUGGAGUCCUGCUUCGAUUUCACCCUUUGCAAGAAAAACGGCUUCAAAGUCUACGUAUACCCGCAGCAAAAAGGGGAGAAAAUCGCCGAAAGUUACCAAAACAUUCUAGCGGCCAUCGAGGGCUCCAGGUUCUACACCUCGGACCCCAGCCAGGCGUGCCUCUUUGUCCUGAGUCUGGAUACUUUAGACAGAGACCAGUUGUCACCUCAGUAUGUGCACAAUUUGAAAUCCAAAGUGCAGAGUCUCCACUUGUGGAACAAUGGUAGGAAUCAUUUAAUUUUUAAUUUAUAUUCUGGCACUUGGCCUGACUACACCGAGGACGUGGGGUUUGACAUCGGCCAGGCAAUGCUAGCCAAAGCCAGCAUCAGUACUGAAAACUUCCGACCCAACUUUGACGUUUCUAUUCCCCUCUUUUCUAAGGAUCAUCCCAGGACAGGAGGGGAGAGGGGGUUUUUGAAGUUUAACACCAUCCCUCCUCUCAGGAAGUACAUGCUGGUCUUUAAGGGGAAGAGGUACCUGACAGGGAUAGGGUCAGACACCAGGAAUGCCUUAUAUCACGUCCAUAACGGGGAGGACGUCCUGCUCCUCACCACCUGCAAGCAUGGCAAAGACUGGCAAAAGCACAAGGAUUCUCGCUGUGACAGAGACAACACCGAGUAUGAGAAGUUGAUACACCUUCCUGGGUCAAGCUGGUUUGGUCUCCUCUGCAUCUCAGAGUUCACCCUCCACUGCAGUAAUUUACUUGACAGGUAUGAUUAUCGGGAAAUGCUGCACAAUGCCACUUUCUGUCUGGUUCCUCGUGGUCGCAGGCUUGGGUCCUUCAGGUUCCUGGAGGCUCUGCAGGCUGCCUGUGUCCCUGUGAUGCUCAGCAAUGGAUGGGAGUUGCCAUUCUCUGAAGUGAUUAAUUGGAACCAAGCUGCCGUCAUAGGCGAUGAGAGAUUGUUAUUACAGAUUCCUUCUACAAUCAGGUCUAUUCAUCAGGAUAAAAUCCUAGCACUUAGACAGCAGACACAAUUCUUGUGGGAGGCUUAUUUUUCUUCAGUUGAGAAGAUUGUAUUAACUACACUAGAGAUUAUUCAGGACAGAAUAUUCAAGCACAUAUCACGUAACAGUUUAAUAUGGAACAAACAUCCGGGAGGAUUGUUCGUACUACCACAGUAUUCAUCUUAUCUGGGAGAUUUUCCUUACUACUAUGCUAAUUUAGGUUUAAAGCCCCCCUCCAAAUUCACUGCAGUCAUCCAUGCAGUGACCCCCCUGGUCUCUCAGUCCCAGCCAGUGUUGAAACUUCUUGUGGCUGCAGCCAAAUCCCAGUACUGUGCCCAGAUCAUAGUUCUAUGGAAUUGUGACAAGCCCCUACCAGCCAAACACCGCUGGCCUGCCACUGCUGUGCCUGUCAUCGUCAUUGAAGGAGAAAGCAAGGUCAUGAGCAGCCGUUUUCUGCCCUAUGACAACAUCGUCACAGACGCAGUGCUCAGCCUUGACGAGGACACCGUGCUUUCAACCACGGAGGUGGAUUUUGCCUUCACGGUGUGGCAGAGCUUCCCCGAGAGGAUUGUGGGGUACCCCGCGCGCAGCCAUUUCUGGGAUAACUCUAAAGAGCGGUGGGGGUACACGUCCAAGUGGACGAACGACUACUCCAUGGUGUUGACAGGAGCUGCUAUUUACCACAAAUAUUAUCACUACCUGUACACCCAUUACUUGCCAGCCAGCCUGAAGAACAUGGUGGACCAACUGGCCAACUGUGAGGACAUUCUCAUGAAUUUUCUGGUGUCUGCUGUGACAAAAUUGCCUCCAAUCAAAGUGACCCAGAAAAAGCAGUAUAAGGAGACAAUGAUGGGACAGACUUCUCGGGCUUCCCGCUGGGCUGACCCGGACCACUUUGCCCAGCGACAGAGCUGCAUGAAUACAUUUGCCAGCUGGUUUGGCUACAUGCCGCUGAUCCACUCUCAGAUGAGGCUCGACCCCGUCCUCUUCAAAGACCAGGUCUCUAUUCUGAGGAAGAAAUACCGAGACAUUGAGCGACUUUGAGGAAUCCAGCCAAGUGGGGGAGGGGAAGCGAGAAGGGACGGGGAUCAAGCUGCUCUCUCUUCCCACUGCAGAUCCGCUCAGCAGUGGAGCCAGAUUGUGCCAAGUAUCCAAAUAAACUUAGAUGAACAGAAUGACAAAACAAAAAAAGGCCAAUGAGAACUCGACUCCUGGCUCCUGGGACUGCACAGGACUGCUCCAAACUCACCUCACUGGCUUCUAUGUCCCAAGACUAGGUUGUGUACAGUUUAAUUAUGGAACAUUAAAUAAUUAUUUUUGAAAUGAUUGCUAUGCAGGUUUAAACUUUUUUAAUGAUCAAAACUAUUAAAAACCAGAGUUCUUUCUUUAAUCAAAAUUGUGUUGGUUGUGAAUA